GUUUAGAGCUAAUAGUAGAGAUGAAAAUGCAUUAGAUCUAGAUCUAGUCUAGAUAUAGAUAGAGAUCUAUUGAGACAUACGCUAGUCUAGAUAUAAUAUCUAGAUCUAGCUAUGGGUAAAAUUGAAUGGGCCAUGUGGGCAAAUGAGCAGGCCAUUGUCAGCUGCUUUGUGACCAUACUUUGUGGAGUAUUGGCUGUCAGUGGUCAGUUCAAUUUAUGGGGCAUUGGAGUUUAUGCUAUUUUGAAAGGAAUAGUCACAUUUCUCAUAGAAUAUCCACGAGGUAAACGCCAAAAAGGUACAUCUUACCCAAGAAGAUUUCAACAUCUAUUAUCCAUACUUAUAAGUAAAGGAAGACUUUUGACACGCAAUUACUUUGUUAGAUUUGUGUUUUACUUAUGUGUCAGUGUGCCUUGCUGUUUUAUGUUGCCAACUAUUCUGGGUGCUCUGUGCUACAUGAUAACUAGUCUAAUUUACCUUGUGGCAGCAAUUAAGGGAGAGCAAUGGCAGCCCAUUGAAGUAGACAAAGAGGAAACUGGACCAAAAGUUAUUGAACAGCCACGAAGACCACCACCAAGGAGACCAGAUGUUUCUCAGAGAGGGCCACAAGAGAUUAACUCGAACCAAGUGUAACAUACUAACUUUAUUAUCUUCACAUUUAUUUUUGAGUGAGAUUUUCCAAAUCUUAUUUGUUUUAUUAUUUGUAACUCUGCCCAACAGUCAUUAUGAAUUUCAAUAACUCAUCAUGAUUUGUGAACAUAGCUAUGUAUCCUUCUUUUUAAACAUAAUAUAUAUAUAUAUAAUGUGACAUACACAUUUCAUGUCAAAACGUCCCAUUCCAAAAUGACCAUUAGAUCAAAAUGCACACGCUAAAAUAACUCUGUUAAAAUGGAUUGUUUCAAUUUGUUCAUCCUGUACACUAGUCUUUCAUUUUUGUUUGUUUUGCUCUUAUCUAACUUCAUGUUUAUACUUAAUACUUAUUUGUGGCUAUUGAAGGUAUUACAGCUAAAAUAUGAAGUUGAUUUUAUUUUAUGUUCAUUUUAAUUCCAUUUAAUUCCAGUAAUAGUUAGUCCGAAACACAAUCCAGUGAUCCUACUUUGAUCAAUUUCCAUUUGUCACAGCUCUUUUAAGCCUGCAAUCAAUUGAAACUAUGUAGACUAGUAUCUCACCACAGUCAUAAGAACACAUGUCAAAUGUUAUUCUUUAUUGGUGACUUCACACAUGGUCUUCUGCCUUCUCUAACAUUCGUGUGGUCAUUAUCUCAUUCAUCCCAACUAACCUAUUCAAGUAAAAUGAAAUUUUACAUACACACUCUUUCAUCUGUGACAUCUUACCCCUUUUUUAAGUAUAAUCAAAUUUAAUAGCAUAUAACAAAACAAUUAUUAGGCAUUGCCAACCACACAAAAAAAAGUUUGAACUUUAUUGGUACUAUUUAAUCAUUAUAGAAAGUUCAUACCAGAUUUUGUUCAGAUGACUCAACCCCAGUGAUUCUAAUAUGUGCUUUGCCAGUUAACAUGAUGUUACCACUGUAAACUAAGAGGAAUUUGUUGUCCAUCAGAAAUGGACUAUCUAUCUCGACUGCUGUGGGAUACUUUUCCAUUGUUCCCCUGAAUGUAGAACAUUGCACAUUGAUGAGGUUGCAAGAUAUUGUUUCACACCAAUCAUGGUUCAGCCAUUGCUCUCAUUCAUUCCAACUAACCUGAACAAAUGAAAUUAGUUAAUACAUACACACUUUUAUUUGUGGCACCGUCAAUGCCCAGUAGAAAUGUUAUCUACCACAUUAACAAAAUAUUUGUUUCCUUCAAACUUCCAUCAUCUACACAUGCCCAACGCAUCAUCCACUGAUCUAGCUCACUACAUCAUCAACACAUCUAGUUCAUUGUUAGAUCUACAGAUCUGGUUUAAUAUAUUUCAGAGAUAUUUAUUAUUUUCAGUAUAUCAAACUUUGCAAUCAAUUAUUUUGUCCUUAUUUUAUUUUUUUUAGACAUUAUAAUUAUAAUAAAUUGAUGGUUUUGAAGAACAACUUUGUACAUAUAUUUGUUUUUAUUAUACUGAGAAUUAUUUGCUAUUGUCUAUUUGAUUGAGUUUGAUAUGUUAUGCUUUAAAAAAAAUAACAGCAAUGAAAUACAAGUCUAUAUUCCCAAAUUUUUUUUUUGUCAUUGGGAGGGAAGAACAAUGAUGUGAUGUUAAAAUACAUUCUACAACAUCAUACAGAAUUUAUUUUUCACUCAAUUGUGACAUAUUCAUUUGGGGCACCAAAAUCUGGAGAAAGUGGUAUAUUGUUAUUGUAUUGAAGGGGCAGCAUGCAAUUAUUAAGUAAAUUACACUAAUAAUUACUGUAACUUAAAGGGUAUGCUGAAGCUCAUAAUAGAACUAAAGAUAACCAAAUAUUAUUUAUUUAUUUAGUGCACUGACAUAUAAAGAUUCAUGAUAUUUGAUUCAUUAUAAAUUUCAUACUUUUAUGCAUAAUAUUUUCUUGUUAUAUACUCUAAAUAUAUACAUUCCUUGAUGUACACUUUUUUUUAUUUACCUUUGUAUAUAUAACUGCUGUGAUACUUAUAAAUUGUAUUGUGAUGAGGAGGUACACUCUUUGGAGUGUUUUGACGAUUUCGUUUGUACUUUAGUAAUUACUGAUUGUUGAAAUCAUUUUUAGUUUUCUUACUGUGGGACUACUGAAUCUGUUGUGCAGGAUUUAUGUGUUUCUGUAUUAUUUUAUUAGAUUCACUUUAUUUUACCUUUCUGCUCCUCUGAAAAUUUGUUGAAGGGAGUUCUAGAAGACAGUUUUUAUCUAGGUGUAAGACCAGAUGGAGAUUUUGUGUGUGUGUGUGGCCUUAACUUCAUCAGUGCAUCUUUUUCUUGUCUUACUCUCAGAGCUGACUGGUUGGUUAGCCAAAACAUUAUCCUUCAUACCACAACACAUUUAAACAUCUUUGUUUUAUUUAAGUGUGUUGAAUUGAACAUCUGCUACAUUUUUUUAAAUUUCUGAAUUGUUUUAGAAGCUACAAAUGUCUACACAAAGCAACAUUAUCCAUUUCCUCAACAUUUAUUGCAUAGAUUAUCAUGUUUUUUUUUUAUAUAUUAUACUUUUUUUGUGUGCUUUUUUUUUAUUGUACAUACCCUGACCUAUACAUGUAACUUUCACAUUCCUGAAUAAAAAAAGAAUUACAAUUUAAUAA